AUGCUGCCUCUCCAACCCCUUACGGCGUCCGCGACGGCCACCGUCACCACCGAUGACCAGAACUCCCAUGUCCCGCCGUCGACCACCGCCAUCUCCAUCAUCCCUGCCACAACCUCCGUGGCGACGGCGGCGGCGACGACAACGACCGCCACCACAGCUCCCUGUCACGUCGCAGGUCAGAACAAUCGCGACGGCUCGUCAACCACCACCACCCUCACCCUCACCAUCAUCAUUCCCACCUCGGGCGAUGUGGCCUCGGUUCUAACCUGUCCCCAUUGCGAUCCUACAUUCCAUUCACCUAUUUGCCUGGUCGGUCACUUGCGAAUUCACCACACCGCGGCCGGUGAACCACUGUCAGGAGCCCUCGCAUACACUCACCGGUCCGUCUUCACCGCCCACGCUGACCACGCACAUUUUUUUCACCACAUGAGCCCUAUUCGAUCACAUGCGUAUCCAUAGCAGCGGAGUUCACCGCAAUAUAAACACGCCAAGCUCACCUUGCACAUCACUUACCCCUUCCAUCCCCAGCCCAGUCGAAUUCCCAUCGAGCAUCGCGUCCAGCAUCGCUCGUCCGCCUCACACAGCGGGCUGGUCGGCCACCUGA